AUGAUAUUCCUUACAGUCGUGGACAAUGCUAUUUUUGGCCAUCCUUUCACCUCUUCUUCAUCAAACCACACAAAGCAUUGCUCUUUAGAGACUCCAGAAGAAGACGUUGUUGUUCCUUUAGCAAAUCAUCAGAAGAUCACAGACGCAAAUUGCGUCCCUAGCGUUCGUGAAUUCGCUACUUCGUCGUCGCGUAGCUCAUACAACAAGAAACCUCCGGCGAAAGAGAUUAGGGAAAGGAGAAGAAGCGUUGUGGCGGAGGAGGAAGGUGAGGGAGUGGAUGAGGAAGAAGAAGAGGAAGGAGAGAAGGAUUUAGUUGGGUUCUCGAGGAGUGAAGUGACGGUGAUUGAUACGAGCUUUAAGGUUUGGAAAUCUGAGAAACUUGUUUUCAGGAGGAGGAAUGUGUGGAAAGUGAGGGACAAGAAAGGUAAAUCAAAGGUUGUUUCUAAGACUAAGAAGAUAAUGAUGAAGAAGAAGAACAAGAAGAAGAUGAUGAAGAAGAAAAAGAGGAAAUGUGAUGAUGAUGUUGAUGAUGGUCAGAUUGCUAAGAAAAGCAAGAAGAUGAAGAGUUCAUCAUCAGUUCCAGACAAUCAUCUGCGCCAUAGCGUCGAGGAGAUAUAUGAUGAACCAGAAAGCAGUAAUGCCAGCCGACGGUUGCCCUCUAAGCCUAGAAAAGAAGGUUCUUUCGGUAUACAUACAAUGAAGAAGAAUAGCGAAGCAGAGGCUCCAGGUUAUCGGUCUUUGGCCUAACAGAGCUAGUUAACCAAACCAAGUUUCUCAUUUAUGUAUAUGAUGAUAACUGUUGUAUGAUUAUUAUGUAACAUUCUUGUUUAUGAAAAAAUGUAUUGCUUUUAUCUGAUUUAAAGAGAAGUAAGAUCUUAUUUCA